AUGCAAUCCGUUUCAUCUGCUUCCAAGAUGAAGCCAUUACAGCUCAGUUUAUCAACAUUAUUAAUCAACGCCACUCCAAGCAUUACAUCAUCACCAUCACUCACUUCUACAUCACUAACAGCUACUUUGAAGUUUAUUAAAUGGGAAAGCAUUACUUUCAUCACACACAGAAAACGGAGACUGUCAGCUUCUCAACAUGCAUCAGUACAAUCAGCGGAAAAUCAACAAUCGUCAUUGAGUGAUGAUCCAGCUGAUUCAGUACAUUUCGCCANUCCAGCUGAGUAUGUCACCUACCAAACACCUAGUGGCGAGCAAAAUUUGAAAAUACAGCAUUCCAACCCGUUAAUAUGCUGUAUAAUAGGCGAACUAAUGAGUGUGCACACAUCUGUGACGAACAGGAAAGAGAAUUUAGUCAACAUGAUGACUACGUUGAAAACUAAUCAUCUUCGUUUCAAGUUCAGUACAUUUCGCCAAUUUGCAUUUGAUUCAAUAAAGCUGGUCAGUGAAGUAAACAGAGAGAUAAAUGACAGCUUAACCCAAGCUGAUACUAUCGAAGAAAUGUUGGACAGCAUGGAAAUGUUGUGGCUACCCCAUAAUGAAGCUUUAACUGAUACUAUCGAAGAAAUGUUGGACAGCAUGAAAAUGUUGUGGCUACCCCAUAAUGAAGCUUUAAGUAUGCACGAGACACGCAUUAGUGAGAAACAAUUCAAUUCACAGCUAAAAGGGUUUUAUGAACAUCAUAAACGAAUACUCAAUGGACAUACCACAUAUGUAGAUGUGAUGGAUAUAACAAGUACGUCAGUCAUAUUACACAUCCACUUGAAUCUCAUCCUUGACAGACUUCGGUCAAAGAAUGACGGAACAAUCGGCAGAGAGAAACUAGAUACUACUAUACAAGUACUUGGUACAUACGGGAGAAACGAGACUUUGGAAUAG